AUGAAACAUAUGUUCAAAAAUAUAUUAUUUCAUAAAAAGGGCAAACAUGACAAAAAUGAUGCCAUUAAAAAGGCUUUUUCUCUUUUUUCAGUCCCUAGCAAUGAAAACGAAAGAAUCAUAAAAUUUUGGCCUUUGAAGUUUAAGGAAAAAGACGAAGAAACUCUGUAUAUAAUAAAACUAUGCGAUAAUAUGUAUAGUAAAAAAUAUGUUAUUCUUGUUUCUCAUUUAAUAUCGCUGUUAUUGAUGUAUUCAGUUUGUCUAAUUGUUGGGAAUAUCAACGAUUUGUUUUCAGUGCUAAAAUUGACAUAUAUACUUUUACAUACAUUUACCGCAAUUAAUAUAAUACUAAUUCUAACGUUACAUGCUACACACUAUGUUGAAAUGUUUAAGAGUAUUAAAGGAGAAAUUUUCAUAUUCUAUAUUAUGAUGAUAUUUGUCAUAUGGUGCUCAUGGCUUUUUAUAUUAUUUAAUAACAUUAAGGAUCUAUUACCAAUUGUUGUAAACGUAAAUAACUUUUUAUAUGCAACAUAUGCAAAUAAUAAAAUUAAUAUUGUUUUGGGUUUUUUUGCAUAUCUUCCAAUUUUUUAUCUAAUAACGAUAAUACCGUGCAGAAUAUGCUAUUCCUGCGCUUUUGAUAUUCUAUUCUUUAUAAUGAAGGUGGCGAUUUUCUCCGUUUACUAUCUAAUUACAAUGAAAAGUUAUAUCCUAACAGACAAUAUCUUUAUGAUAAUAUCAGCUCUUGUAGGAAGUCUUUUUAUUUUUGUUAUAAGAUAUAUUAUUGAGAUUCAAAGACGUUUAUCAUUUCAUAAUUGGAACAAACAAACAAAACAAAUUAUCAAACUAAAAAAAACCCUAAAGGAGGAAAAGCAAAAACUAUCAACUACAAAUAUUGAAGAAAUUUAUAACUUAAUUAACGAUUCCAUAGGAAAUUAUUACAAUGAAAACAAAAAACAAAAGGAGACAGAUUGGAGCAUUGUGAACAAUUUAGAAAAAAUUUUAAAUAUUUUAAAAGAGGAUAAUUUAUUUUCUCCUGAUUUAAAAACUAUAAAUAAAAAGAAUUAUAACCACAUAUAUGGUUAUAUUAUGGAUUUAAAAAAACAGAAAGAAAUAAUAAAUGAUAAAAUCGGAUCUAAGGAAGAACCUGAGGCAGAAUCAGAAUCAGAGUGUGUUGAUGAAUCUAAGGAAGGGUCACAAAUUGAAUCUAUAUUCGAAUCAAUCUCAGAUGUGAAGCAGAAGAAAAAAUCCGAUUUAGCAUACACAAGUAGCUAUGAGGAAAAGGAAAACGAAAUUUUGAAAUAUGACUUUAACAUGAACAUGGAUAAAGAAAAUAUAAGCAUCGAUAUAUGGAACACCAAAUUUUUGGAUCGUAAAUCACCAAACUAUGAUGCAUUUAUUAAAAUUGGAUAUAUUUUAUUGAAUAAAUAUUAUAUUUCUAAUCAAAAUAUAUCUGUUAAAAUUUUGUAUUCCUUGCUUUAUGAAAUGAAAAAAGGAUAUAACGAUGUUCCAUACCAUAAUUCUAUUCAUGCAGCUAUGGUAACGAAACAUUGCAGCAUAUUAAUCACGAGUUUAGAUACUGUAAACAUAUUAAAAGAUAAUGAAAUGGCGGCUUUCUUAAUAUCUGCUUUAGGGCAUGAUAUAGGACACUUUGGAAGAACAAACAUGUUCCUAAAAAAUUGCUCAAACUUUUUGAGAAUAAUUUAUAAUGAUAAAUCAAUAUUAGAGAAUUAUCAUUGCUCAUAUCUAUUUAACAUAUUAAGUAAAGAAGAACAUAAUAUUUUCAAAAAGGAAGAUUUAAAAACACUAACAAACUUGAGACAACUAAUAAUAGAAGUAAUUUUAGCAACUGAUAUGAGUAAGCAUAUUAAAAUAUUAGCUCAAUUUAGAAUUAAGUCAAUUAAAAUAAAAUCAUAUAUUGAAAAAAAUAUUAUACUUUGUUUAAAAAUGAUAAUAAAAGCUGCUGAUUUGUCCCAUAAUUGUGUUGAUUGGAGUGAACAUUAUUUAUGGGUCAAAAGAUUAGUAAAUGAAUUUUAUUCAGAAGGAGAUGACUUAUUAGAAAGAGGUUUUGAACUUAACCCAUUAUUUGAUCGAAAAGCUCAUAAUAAUUUUAUACAAAUUCAAAGAACAUUUUUAAGAGAGCUUGUCUUACCCUUAAUAAGUUCUCUCAAAACUCUUGACACUAGCACCAUUACUCAAUUAAUGCUGAGUCACGUUAAACGCAAUUAUUCCAAAUGGACAAAAAUUGAAAAAGAUGAAACAAAAAAAGAAAAAUAUUUAAAUGAAUUAUUAACUGAUGUUCCCAAUUCAUGGAAAAUUGUUUAUGCACCAAAUCUUAAUAUAUAUAAAUUAUAA